AUGGCUACUACGACCGGACUAGACUAUCUUCGCUCACGCACUGUCGUCGACUGCGACACAGCGGACAUUGAGGUUGCUAAAUCACUCGGUCCUUUCCAACACUCUACCUCGAACCAGGCCAUCAUCCUCGGGGAACUAUUGAAACCAUCUUCUGCAGAGAUUGUUGCCUCCGCCAAGGCGGAUGCGAAGAUCCUCCAUCCAAAGUACUCUUCCAUCAGUGUCGAGGAACUGGCUGUUGAAAUUGGAAUUGUUCGCCUAGCUGUGAGAAUGUCGAGUCACAUCCAGGGAACCGUCCUCGUUCAGACAAACCCCUACCACUCGUACUCACAAGAGAAGACGGUUGUGAACGCUCUUCGACUUGUCCAGCUGUUCCAGCAUGUCCAGCCAGGAUUUGACAUCACACGCAUCGCUAUCAAAAUCCCCAGUACCUGGGAGGGCAUGAUGGCCUGUCACACACUUGAACUGGCUGGUGUCAGAACUCUUGGUACCAUGCUAUUUACCAUGUCCCAGGCCGUGCUCGCCGCUGAAGUAGGAUGUACUUAUAUCUCGCCCUAUGUGAACGAACUCAGGGCCCAUAUCCAACCAGGUUUUGUGGACCAUGCAAAGCUGCUUCCUCUCUGCCGGGCUAUUCAGGAGUACUACAAGUCGACCAACGCCAAGACUCAGGUUUUGGGAGCUAGCCUUACUUCCACCGAAGAAAUCUUCUCCCUUGCUGGCAUUGAUCGCUUAACUAUUUCUCCACCCUUGCUCGAGCAGCUCAGCACUCAACCCAAGCCUGCGAAUGCCCCGUCGCUAUUUGACGUUGCUCCAACUGCGCCGCUCCCGGCCCCAGGAACUUCGUAUUUGAAUGACUCUGGGAAGUUCCAGAUCACUUUUUCUCGUGACCUUGAUGGUGCCAGUAAUGUCAAAUUGAUAGAGGCUGUCAAUGCCUUCUGCGGCUUCCAGGACAAGCUGGUGCAGCUCAUGUCAUGA